GUAACCAUUCUUAUCGAAUUAUUUAAUUUUUAUUCGUGUUUAUUUUAUAUUAGUUAAAAUGUUAAUUCCGACCUGCGUUAUCAAAUUUUUAGAACUGAUGCUGGCUAUUGCUUGUCUCACACUGCACCACUAUAGCUACGAUUUAACAGACAUUCCUACGCUAAUGCUCUGCUCGGGGACUUAUGUGGGGUACGUUGUUGUGCUCUCGGGAGAAAUUGUAGGUGAAGUGGUAUCAGCGGCGGCGGACCCAUACGUGGAGGCUUGGUGGUCGGGCGCUGGCGGCGUGCUGUUCGGGGCGUGCGGCGCGCUCACGCUCCACUCCUGGUACGACGUGCCGCCGUGUGCGCGCCGCACCUUCGCGCAGGCUACCGCCGCAUGCGCGCAGGCUGCCGCCGUCCUCAUGGCGGUGGACUCCAUACUGUCACUCUGCUCCGCGCACAAAGACACCGCCAGUACCAGAACUAAAACCCACAAAGCUACCAACGCGUGA